GCCAGCGCAUCGCAUCGCAUCGAGUCGACGACGACGACGACGGGAAAUUUUGAUUCUGCGAAAGGUUAUACGUUAUACUCGUACUCGUCGUAAGCGUAAGCUGUUUUAACAGUAUCGUCGCUGUCGCUGUUCAACGGUUUAACGGUUGUGUGCGCUUCACGGCUUCAGCAUUUCGAAGUCGUCGGUCGGUCGGUCGGUCGGUCGUCGUCGGUGCCUAUGAUAAAAAUAAUACUCAGCAAUAAUAUCGUCGCCGUCGCCACCGUUUGUCGCGUUUUAUUUUUGUAUUUUCGUAUUCGUACGCAGCAGUAGUAGUACCUUAUCGUCCUGUAAGGCUAUCCUUCUGCUCGGUGAAUCGUGAUUGCCAUUCUUUUUCUUUCUCGUAAUCUCGUAAUCGUAAUUAAUAGCUACCAACGUAUUGAAAAAAAUUUGAAAUAAAAAACCGACGACGUAGUAUACUUAGUAGUGCGUUACGCUAGUGUAUGGCAUACGAGCAUAAUACACGUAAACGUACGUACGUAGACGUACCUCUAUCUAUCCUCGUAUAUUGUGAAUAGUGCAUUUACGAAUUGCCUGCCAAUUGCGGAUUGCGGAUAGCGGAUUUGCCGUUUGCCCAUUACGACGAAUAUUGCGGAAAAAUCGCUGCUGACGGCGGUGAGAGUGCGACGCGGCGUCUUCUUCAACGUGCGAAGGGUUGCGUUUGUUAAACACUUGUCGAAAGCACGGUUUAUUUUUGGAUUGGAAACGCGCUAUUUACUUAAACACAAGAAGUCGGUAUGACUUCUACUGCACCAUGCACACGAUUCAGCGAUAACUACGAAUUAAAAGAAGAACUAGGAAAAGGAGCAUUUUCAGUAGUUCGAAGAUGUGUACAGAAAGCCACAGCUUUAGAAUUCGCUGCCAAAAUCAUAAAUACCAAGAAAUUAUCAGCCAGAGAUUUUCAGAAACUCGAACGCGAAGCUCGUAUUUGCAGAAAGCUACAGCAUCCUAAUAUAGUCAGACUGCAUGACAGCAUACAAGAAGAAAACUUUCAUUAUUUGGUGUUUGAUUUAGUCACCGGAGGAGAAUUGUUUGAAGAUAUCGUAGCUAGAGAAUUUUAUAGUGAGGCAGAUGCCUCCCAUUGCAUACAGCAAAUUCUCGAAAGUGUAAAUCACUGUCAUCACAACGGAGUAGUACACAGAGACUUGAAACCUGAAAAUUUAUUGCUAGCGAGUAAAGCUAAGGGCGCCGCAGUUAAAUUAGCCGAUUUUGGUCUCGCUAUCGAAGUACAGAAUGAACAGCAAGCGUGGUUUGGUUUUGCUGGCACUCCUGGUUACCUUUCGCCUGAAGUUUUAAAAAAAGAACCUUAUGGAAAACCCGUAGAUAUUUGGGCAUGUGGUGUAAUUUUAUACAUUUUACUAGUUGGUUACCCGCCAUUUUGGGAUGAAGAUCAGCAUAGACUUUAUGCUCAAAUCAAAGCUGGCGCUUAUGAUUAUCCUUCACCAGAAUGGGAUACCGUUACGCCAGAAGCGAAAAAUUUAAUCAAUCAAAUGUUAACCGUUAAUCCAUCGAAACGUAUUACCGCAUUCGAAGCUUUAAAACACCCAUGGAUCUGCCAACGUGAACGUGUUGCAUCUGUCGUUCACAGACAAGAGACAGUGGAUUGCUUGAAGAAAUUCAACGCUAGGCGUAAAUUAAAGGGCGCUAUUUUGACAACGAUGUUAGCAACGAGAAAUUUCUCCAGUAAGUAUGAUGUACCUGGUCGUAGCAUAAUGACGAAAAAAGGUGAUGGAUCUCACGUUAAAGAGUCUACAGACAGCAGUAACACCACGUUAGAUGAUGAUGAUGUUAAAGCUCGUAAACAAGAAAUUAUUAAGAUGACUGAGCAAUUAAUCGACUCCAUAAAUACCGGCGAUUACGAAGCAUACACGAAAAUCUGUGAUCCUCAUUUGACAGCGUUCGAACCGGAAGCAUUAGGAAAUUUAGUCGAAGGAAUGGAAUUCCAUAAAUUUUAUUUCGAUCACGUAGUCGGUAAAAAUUACAAAGCCAUUAAUACCACCAUCUUGAAUCCAAAUGUCCAUCUUUUGGGAGAUGAAGCUGCCUGUAUAUCUUAUAUUUGUUUAACUCAAUAUGUAGACAAGCAAGGAACACCGCACAGUAUGCAAAGCGAAGAAACCAGAGUUUGGCACAAAAAAGACGCUAAAUGGCAAAACGUUCACCUUCAUCGAUCGUCGAAUUCAUCCGUGUUCACAUCCGGAGGAGUUUUAUAUUCUCAAAAAUAAUUUCUUUUUUCCUUUAUUUAUUUUUUUUUCGAGGUAGUUUUGUUAAAUUAGUUCAUCAGUUUAUACCAAUAACUGAGUUUUGCAUUUUUUAAACUUUUUUUUUCUUUUUUUUUUUUCUGUGAAUACUUCCUUUAUAAACCUAAGUAUUGGCAUCCUAUUUUGUCACUUAGACGGUGACUUGUGAUUUUUUACACUUAUUUGCUGCGGUAUUUUAUUUAUCAAGUACGGCGAAGGCGCGACCAAGUUUGCGCUGUAGAAAGUAUUACCUACUUUAAGAUAGACUAUGAAAUAAUAUUGCGGUGUGUUAUCGAAUCUGUAUGUAAAUUUUACGUUUAAAACGACUCGAUUUACGAAAUAUUUACGUCUAGGUGUUGGAUUAAUACCGGAGAUGAGGGAUUGGUUGAAAACGUAGAUUAUUAUUUUCGGACUGAUCGACACGCAUCUUUUACGAAUUUAUCAUUUUGGACUCAAAGUGAAUUUGUGAUUUUCCUUUUUAAGUAUAAAAUAAAAAAAUCGUCGUAGAUUUGUUAGGUCGAGUAGAUUUUAAAAUUAUUUUACAUUAAAGAACAAUCUCGAUGAAAGCUGUCGGUUGCCUAUUCAUUUGCCCUUCAGUAGAGAGGUGGAACGAAGAAGACUAGUUUCAGUAGUGCUGAAGUGUCCAUCAGCAUCCCUCCUCUGUGUUCAGGGGCAAAUAAACUAGGCUAUCGGUGGCUCUGAAAUUUUGCUCUACAAGUGCUACGAAAAUGCUAGACGACGAUAGCAUUAUUGUUUAUCCCUGAAAUGGAAUAAAAAUUGUUGAUCGUUUGAUCGUUUCCAGGGUGGAAAGGAAACAAUGUUUCUAAUUUCAUUUUCGUAGUACUCGUCAUAAAAUAGUUUAUCACUACUCGGGAGGUGAAAUCGUUCAAUUGCCUUUCGCAUAUUAUAGUAAGAUAUUUUUCAUUACGAAUGCGCGACGAAAAUGUAGAAUUUAAAUUAAUCGCGUACCUAAUUACGAUACCUACGAAAGAAAUUCUACACUUUCGUAUCGUGUAUUCGGAAAAAUAUCUCACAAUGCGGGGUUUGAACAGAAACGUUCUAUUUGUCGAAUGCUUUUAGUCGAAUGAGUCGAAGGUGAGCGACCACUCGGUAGAUAAUGGUUCAUUUUCGAGACUUGUGUUGCAAAAUACACUACUGCGGAGCUUAAAAUAACAUACCUCGGUGUGAAUUAAUUUAUCGACUUUUUUUUCUCAAGUCUACAUACCCGAUUUGUACACCAACUUUAUACAAUGUGUUGUAUUCAGAGUACUUAUUACCACCAAAACGAUACUUCGAAAUAAUACGUCGAAUGCUAUAUUUUUAUGUGUGUAUUUGCUCGUUUAUCUAGUCAUAUUAAUUCGCUUUAAUGUCGUCGGAAUUUGUCGCGUUACAGUUUGCAAAAAUGUUUCUUGGAAAAAAAAAAUGAAAUCAUUACAUUUUUGAGAAAGAUAGCGUUUAAAAGUAGAUCUCUAAGUUGGCUAUGAUUUUAGACAAAAAUAAUUGAUCAGUACUUUCAUUGAAAAAAAAAAAACAUGUACCUACCCGUUUAUAGAUUUUAUUUAAGAAUGCGCCAGAAGUAUCAGGUGUGAAUCUUUUUUUUUCUACAAAAAAGCACAGUUCCUAUUUACGAACUUUAAACUCGAAUAUUUAUUCCUAUUCCUAUUCCACAAUUGGCCUUCUCGUCCCAGUUUAUGUAAUUAUCAACGAAUUCAACUAUGGCCGUUACAAACCAAGAUAAAAUAGGGUGCCUUACCAUGCUAACGCUUACCUGCUUACCAAAUUGUCGCAGGUUCUAUUUUAUUAAUUAAUUAAUAAUUAGUAUUACGAUUUUAUUUACCGCUACGCGAAUUAUCCGCCUCCUCUAGAACCGUUCAAGAACAUACGAGAAUUCGGUGGCGUUUAUUUCUACUUAUUAUAAUUGUUAUUCGUUUUUUUUUUUUUUAUUAUUCAUUUUUUCCGGCUCAUCAAAGCCGCGUUUAUUGACUUAGUAGCGUUAAUUUUCUAUUUUUCAUAUCCUCGUUCGUUAUUAUUACGAACUAUUUUUCAUAUAUAAUUCGACACCGCGCUGUCUAUCAAAAUUUCCUUCGGUUUGAUGAAUUUUUUUCUUAACUUUUUUUUUUUUUUGUAUGGUAUUGCACGUAAAUUUUUGCUUCUUUUUGUUAUAAAUUUAUAUAACAUUUAUUUGCAUAUUAUUGCGUCGUAUUAUACAUUUUGAAUUUUAUUAAAUACGUAAAACAUUGUAUAUUGUUUUGUAUGAUAAUCGCGUCUUCAAUUUUUUGUACCGUUUAACGGCCUAUAAUAUACCUACAUUUCUCAGUAUGAAAAAUCAAACUCAAAAUAACCUCUCGAAUGACAAUAAACAGGUUUAAUUCGAGGAUUUUCAUCGUGAUCGUGUUAAUUUGCAGAGAAAGAAAGUAAAAGUAAAAGGUAGGUUGGGUUUAAUUCAGCAUCUUAGAUGAAAAAAAGAAAAUUUUACCGGGCGUUAAUUCGUCAUAAAGCACAAAGAAAUUCAUUUUUUCGAAGCUAAAAAGUUGUAUUCCAAUAUUGCGUACGAUAAAAUGCGACAAAAGCGAAGGAACCAAAUAAACUAUACCAAAAACUUGAGCUUUUUUGAAAAAAAAAAAAUCAGUAAAAUCACUAUUGAACUUUUAGAGGUUAAAUUCCAGUUGAAAUACGAAA